AUGACUUUCGGAUCCAUCCACACAUUCGACAUUCAUGAACUACAGCUAGAUUCUGUUACUGUAUUUGGCGAACGGGCAGAGGUGGUGAGAUUAGUACGAGUGGACCUGGAAGAAGGACUUAACAAAAUUGUUGUUCAUGGGUUCGUUCAAACUGUUGUUGAAGAUUCGGUGCGGGUUCAUGGUAAAGGAGAUGGUGUAAUUCAGGAAGUGCAGUUUCGAUCUCGAUUAUGCAAAGAAGAAGAAUAUCCAGAAAAGCUAAAAAACCUGAAGAAAGAACUGAAGGAGUUAACUGACCAGGGCAAUCGAUUAAUGGAACAAAAAAAUGAAAUGGAACGCAGAGCUGAGGCAUUACGGCGUAUGGUAUGUAGAGAAACUGCAGUCGAUUUCAUUCCAAAUUCUUAUGAUACUUCUAAAAAUAGUGCUGGUGAACGUUUUAUUAGAACCUUCUUUGACUUCUUUUACUCGUUAGAACUGAAACCUGAAGCAGGAGAAUUGGAAUGUCUUUUCUUGGAGAAUUCUAAUCCAGAAUUUGGAAGUUCUGAACCGCUAAAAAAGUUGUUUUUUGAUUGCUUCUAUCAGUCUGUUCAGAGUAAGCCUAAAAUUGAUGUUGUAAAUAUCUAUUCGGGCGUUGGGAAUGAGAUCGAUUGUAUCGUAGAAUUAAAUGCGAGAGAUGAAUCGAUUAAAGAUGUUAUUAGUGCAGAUCAGAAUCCAUGUAAAUUACAAGAGGUUCACGAAUAUAAGGAGGGAGCACUAGUGGUACCUUUUGAUGUUUCUUCGUUGGAAAAGGUAUCGCAGUUCUUCGACAAGUACGAGGAAUUAGUGGGCAUCUUGAGCACUCGUUUAUAUGAGAAAAAAGAACAGAUUGAUAGCUGCGCUUCAGCAAAGUCUCAGGUCGCUGGGAAAGUUGAAGAAGAAAUGCAGCGAAAUGCGUUCAUAAGGAAAGUCAGUGGGGGUAAUUACGGUGCAAUUUCUGGUAAUUUAGGACUAACUUUGAAAGGUUUCUACGAUGAUAGGCAGUCUUCGAAUGUUAAAGGACGAGAGGUUACCAUCCUUUUGUGCUGUGACAGACCGUGCAGAAAUAAGCUGGAGAUUUGCUACCAAGUUGAUGGAGCGUCAUGGAUACCUGAAUAUGAUAUUAAAGUGAAGAGCGAUGAGCAAGGACAGCAACUAUUGAAGCUACAUUACCAAGCCAUAAUAAAGCAGUUUACCGGAGAAGAUUGGACAAAGACGAAAUUGAUCCUUAGUUCAACAAACCCCUUUAGAACCGCCUUAAAACUGGUCCCGUUGGAAACUCUUAAUGUUGGUUUCCAGCGAGUAGCCCCGGCUAAUGAAAUGAAAAAACGCUUUCGAAAUGUGGCAAUGCCAGCUUCUAAUGUCGCUUGGCAAUCACAGAGAGGUGCGAGUGGUGGCCUUUUUGGCCUUUCAACUACAGCUUGUGGGGUUACUCAACUUCCUAGCGAUGAAGUGGAAGAUGAUUUUCUGGAGGAUACCGGAUAUGCUUCUGCUUCAAUUGAUAAGGAAUACGAAAAAGAACGCUCAUUUGCCCCUGUAUUUAAAAUUGAACGCGAGACUUCGAUCCCGUCAGACUCAGGAGAACACAGGGUAACAAUAACAACUCUGGAAGUGGUACCAACAAUUGUUUACAAAAGCAUUCCUCAAAAUGACCUUACUGUCUAUGUGACCGCACUGGCUCGCAAUGAGACAUUAUUUCCAUUCCUGCCAGGAAAUGCUUCCAUAUAUUUCAACAACAACUUUGUAUCAACGCCAGUAGCUAACAAUGGCUCAUUUACCCUUAUAAUUGCUGUAUUCUCUUUUUCGGCGUACUGCGUCUCCGCAGCAUAUCGUGUGGUUGGACAGCAAACUGUUGCUCCAUACGUACUCCAGUGUCAGUCAUCCACUGGACAAGCAGUGUUCCAUUUUACUUUCCUAAAAAAUCUAGACAAAACAGGUGGUUUUCCAAAGUCGUACAUCAAUCGUAUCAAUCCAGGAGGGGAAUUUUCGUGCAACCUUGGAGUGGAUCCUUCUGUAGUCAUAACGUAUGGAUCACUAGAAAAAACUACUUCUGAGGUCGGUGCAAUCGUAAAAGUUGCAAGAACAACAGCACAGCGGAAAAUAAGCGUACGUAAUCUCAAGCAAAAAGAAACAGUUCUUCUGAUGCUGCAGGAACAUUUGCCAAAGUCGUCUGAAGAGAGAAUCCAGGUAAAUCUGAUUUCACCACAGUUAUCAAGUCGAGAACAGAAUAAAGAGGGCGCUUCUCCAGGAGCAAUAAUAAACGCAAAGAACAAUCUUGAAUGGACUUUGGUACUUCAACCGAACACUGUCAAAGAUUUAUUUUUUAGCUAUGCAAUAGACUAUCCAAUUGGUGAAAACCUUCGUUAUUUUGUAGAUAAUUAA